UGCUCUGGAGUUCACAGCAAGGUUCACAGUCAGUCAACAGCUCAUUAGAAAAGCCAAACACGUAAAAGAUAUCCGUUUAAGACUUGCAGCUGAGCAGAAACAGUGAGAAGAAAAAGAGAAAGCAAGUUAUGGCGAAGAAGGUUCCUCAGAUCGCUAUUCUGGGAGCUGGUAUUUUUGUGAAGACGGUUUACAUUCCGCAACUCUCGGAGAUCUCUCAUCUCUUCCAUCUCAAAGCCAUUUGGAGCCGCACUCAGGGAUCUGCUACGGCGGCCGUAGAGAUAGCCAGUGAGCAUUUCGCCGGCGUAGAGUGUAAAUGGGGAGAUAGCGGUCUUGAAGAGAUCAUCCAAGAUGGAUCCAUUGAUGCAGUUGCUAUCGUUUUGGCUGGACAAAAUCAGGUUGACUUUUCACUGAGGCUGCUAAAGGCUGGUAAACAUGUUAUUCAAGAGAAACCUGCAGCAUCAAGUACAAGCGAAUUGGAAACUGCUUUGUCUAGCUACCAAUCUAUUUCUGCUGGUUCUCCUGGUCCAUUAAUAUGGUCUGUAGCUGAAAAUUACCGAUUUGAGUCUGGCUUAAUAGAGGGCAAGAAACUAAUUGCUGGCAUUGGGAAAAUUAUCACUAUUAACCUGAUUAUGGAAGCAUCAAUGACCACUUCAAACCCAUACUAUUCAACCAGCUGGAGGCACAGUUUCCCUGGAGGUUACCUGCUUGAUAUGGGCGUGCAUUUCGUUGCAGCGUUAAGAUUGAUUGUUGGGUCUGAGGUGGCUUCAGUUUCAGCAAGGACAUCUCACGUAGAUUUGAACUUACCUCCCCCAGAUACCAUAUCAUCUGUCUUUCAGUUGGAGAAUGGAUGUUCAGGAGUGUUUUCAGUGGUUGUCAACUCCCAAACACCCAAGUUUUUGUGGCGAUUUGUUGGCUUGAAUGGAACCCUGCAUAUUGAGCAAAGUUUCCAAGGAGAACAAGGUUACCUGGUUUCUCUUCAUGGUGCCGAUGGACAAGUCAAAAGCUCCUUCUUUCCAUCCGAUGGAGUCAUUGAGGAAUUAAAAGCUUUUCUUAGUGAUGUAUCUGAAAACACCCUCAAGAAGGGGAGUGAGUUUGUGGGUGAGCCCCGCCUCUCUUUUGUUGAGGGUGCAAGAGAUGUUGCAGUGUUAGAGGCAGUAUUUGAAUCUGGAGCUAAGCAAGGUGAAGUUGUUCAGGUGAAAAAGUUUUGAGGUAAUCAUGGAACCAACCCUUUUCACCUUCAGCCUAGUUCAAUGUUUACUCUGCAAUGUUAUGGAACAAUCAACUCAACAAGGCCUUAAGAAUUGAUGAGUAAGCUUUUGUUUGAAUAAUUACCCUCGUCAAUGUCAAUGGAUGAAGUUUUAGUAUUUGCCUAUAAAUAAUUAGUGCUGUAAUAAAAUCAUGUUUAUAAACUUUGAUAUUCACCUUGAAUUAUUUAAUGCUCUUGAAAUAUG